AUGCGUAUCAUCUUUUUCCAGCUCCCUCCACUAGGGAAGCAUACUGCUUGUCAGAGAUCUUUUACUAACUAUUUAUCAAAAGAAAUUACAUUAAACCAGUUAUGGGAUGUUUCUCGUAAAUAUUUUGACUUAUCUGAUGAGAAGGUUAAACAUUUCAUCCUUUCAUGCAUGAUGCUGAAAAAGGACAUAGAAGUGUAUUGUGAUGACGUUAUACUAACGAAAGAUGUGAAAGAUAUCAUAAGCGACACUGGUCAUCUGUACUCAGUCGGCAUUACUGAAGAUAGCUUAUGGACAUUAUUAACGGGAUAUACAAGAAAGGAAUCAACCAUUGGGAAUUCUGCAUUUGAACUACUUCUUGAAAUUGCGAAAGCAGGAGAAAAAGGAAUCAACACGAUGGAUCUGGCACAAAUGACCGGCCAAGAUCCCAGAAGUGUGACUGGGCGUAUUAAGAAGAUAAACCACUUGCUAGCGAGCUCUCAGUUGAUUUACAAGGGACAUGUAGUGAAGCUAUUAAAGCUGAAGAAAUUUAGUCACGAUGCGGGCGAUACUAAUCCCUACAUUAAUAUUAGGGACCAUUUGGCGACAAUCGUUGAUGUAGUAAAGCGAUCAAAAAACGGUAUUCGCCAAAUUAUUGAUUUGAAGCGUGAACUAAAAUUUGAUAGAGAAAAAAGGCUUUCUAAAGCCUUUAUUGCAGCGAUUGCAUGGUUGGAUGAAAAGGGGUACUUGCAGAAAGUACUUGUGGUAUCACCAAAAAACCCAGCCAUUAAAAUUAGAUGUGUGAAAUACGUGAAAGACAUUCCAGAUUCUAAAGGCUCACCAACAUUCGAGUAUGAUAGUAAUAGCGCGGAUGAGGAUUCCAUAAUAGACAAUAAGGGAAGCUUAGAAGAUGAAGACUCAGUCGAAGGUUUGGAUAACUUUAAUGCAACUGACUUAUUGCAGGAUCAGGGCCUAGUUAUGGAAGACAAGGAAAAUGUAAGGAAAAAUAAAGUUCUUCUGAACAGAUUCUAUCCAUUACAAAAUCAGGCAUAUGACAUUGCAGACAAGUCUGGUAUUAAAGGAAUAUCAACCAUGGACGUUGUUAAUCGCAUUACAGGAAAAGAAUUCCAGCGAGCUUUUACAAAGUCGAGUGAGUAUUACUUAGAAAGCUUAGAUAAGCAAAAAGGAAAUACAGGGGAUCAUAGGCUUUUCCGCAUAUAUGAUUUUGAGGGAAAGAAGAAAUUUUUUAGAUUAUUCACAGCUCAGAACUUUCAAAAGUUGACGAAUGCGGAGGACGAAAUAUCAGUCGCAAAAGGGUUUGAUGAACCAGGGAAGUCUCAUUCAGAUUUGAAGACCCUGAACGAGGAUAACUUUGUCGCCCUCAAUAACACGAUUAGAUUCACAAGGGAUAGCGAUGGGCGAGAUAUAUUCUUCUGGCACGGAGACUUGAAAAUUCCUCCAGACUCGAAAAAAACUCCGAAUAAUAAGCGGAAAAGACAGGCUAAAACCACUACCGGUGCUUCCGUUGCAAGAAACAACGUUUUAACUCCAAAAAGAAUCAAGGUCGAGCAGCGUGUUGAUACCACGCAAGAAUUGAAAGGGAUUGGAGAGAGUCCAGGCCCGAACAAAGGUGGUGUUGCCAAAGGUAGGGUUGUUAACUUUGGCGGCUUUUCUGCCGGUUCUUUGCGUUCCUUACAGAGACAGAGAGCCAUUCUGAAAGUCAUGGAUGCAGUUGGUGGGGUUGCAUACUUAAGGGAACAGUUUUAUGAAAGCGUCUCCAAAUACAUGAGUUCUGCAACCACCUUGGAUAAAAAGACUGUCCGCGGAGACGUUGACCUGAUGGUGGAAAAUAAGAAGCUAGGAGCAAGAACGGAGCCAGUAUCAGGGCGAAAAAUCAUAUUCUUGCCCAGUAUUGGGGAGGACGCUAUUCAAAGUUAUAUUUUAAGGGAAAAAGAUAGUAAAAAAGCAACGUUUACCGAUGUUAUACAUGAUACGGAUAUAUACUUUUUCGAUCAAACAGAAAAAAACAGAUUUCAUAGGGGUAAGAAGUCAGUUGAAAGAAUUCGUAAGUUUCAAAACCGCCAAAAGAAUGCCAAAUCCAAAGCUUUAGAAGGGCCUGAUUCUAAGAAGGGUAUGUUAGUCAGCGUAUCAGAUGGAAAGCCCAAGAACAAGGACAAAAAAUCAUCAGCGAAGAAAACACAGUUGGUUAUUGAAGCUGAUAAGGGAACCAAGACCAUCUAUCAUGCUGGUACCAAAGAAGGUGUUCACGCUUUGGUCAGAGCUGUUGUCAUUACUAAAAGUAUCAGAAACGAAAUAAUGUGGAAUGAAAUAACAAAAUUAUUUCCCAAUAAUUCCUUAGAUAACUUAAAAAAGAAGUGGACAGCCCGCAGAGUGAGAAUGGGCUAUAGUGGUUGGAGGGCUUAUGUGGAUAAAUGGAAAAAAAUGCUAGUUCUAGCAAUCAAAGGUGAAAGUAUUUCGUUGAAGGAUGUUGAAGAACUAGAUCUUCCUAAAUUGCUCGAAAUUUGGACCUCAUUUGAUGAAAAAGAAGUAAAGAGAUCGCUUUACCUUUACAAGAGCCAUAAGGAGAAUAAGAAGAGAUUUACUUUAAUUCGCGAUGAUACAUUGGUACAUUGCAACAAUGAUCUGGCUAUGUCUUCGAUGAUUCAAAGAGAGAUUUCCUCUUUGAAGAAAACCUACUCCAUAAGAGUUGCUGAAUUUGCAAAAGACUUAUCAAAUACUCAAAGCAAUGAUUAUAUUCGUACGGUAAUUCGGUCGAUUUUGAUUGAUAAUUCCUCGACUGCCAGGAACGAAAUAGAGGCAUUGAAGAAUGUUGGAAAGGAAUCAAUAGAUAAUGUCAUUAUGGAUAUGGCUAAGGAAAAGCAAAUUUACCUUCACGGAUCUCGACUUGAAUGUACGAAUACACUGCCAGAAAUUCUGGAAAGUAAAGGAAACUGCAAAGACUUCGAAAUUGCCUCAGAGUAUAGAAAUAAGGUCAAUGAAUUAUUGGAAGCGGGAAACGGUAUUGUCAUUAACCAAGAACCUUCUGACAUAUCGUCCUGGAUAUUGAUUGAUUUGAUUUCAAACGAGCUAUUAAAUGUAGAUAUAAUACCAAUGAUGAGGAAUGUCCGACCAUUAACUUAUACAUCGAGAAGAUUUGAAGUAAGAACUCUCACUCCACCUCUGAUUUUAUAUGCUAAAUCUCGCGCAAAAUUGAGCAGAUCGAAGAAGGCCACUGUCAAAAUUCCACUCGGUAAGCCAUUUUCGCGUCUAUGGGUUGACGGAUCUGGUGCCAUUAGGCCAAAAAUAUGGAAGCAGGUGAUUACGAUGGUCGUGAAUGAGGUGAAGUUUCAUCCAGGAAUUACGUUGAGCAUGUUGCAACUUAGAUGCCGUGAAGUGCUUUCGCUUCAUGAAAUUUCAGAAAUAUGUACAUGGCUUUUAGAAAGACAAGUACUAAUGAAUAUGGAUUUUGGUGGGUUCUCAGUCGACCAUAGUUGGUAUUCUAUAUUUGAGUCUAGGUAA